UGAUGAUAUCCCAAUGUUUCAACAUUAACAAAACAAGGACUCCUCUCCUCAAUAUGUAGAAAAUGCUGUGGCUGAAGGACAGUGAUCCUUGUGAUAAAGCAGAGAAACUUGCUGGCAACCGCCUCUCAUCUAGAGCUAACUGCAGACACCCGACGGUCUGUCUGUUUCUUUGUUUUUAUCCUGAAGUAGAAGUGAACACUAAUGUUUUCUAAAGCUAUUCCCUUCCUCCUCUGUCGCUGAAUAUUUUCUUGGAUGUACAAGCAAAGUUAUUUCAUGAAGACUGUGGGCGAGAGCAGCCAAGACAGCACCAGUCCCGUCUUGUUUGUGGGCACAAAGGCUAAGUAUAUUAACAACACAAAUACUCCUCUCCUCAAUAUGUAGAAAGUGUUGCGGCUGAAAAGACAGUGAUUCUUGCAAUAAAGCAGGGAAAGUUGCUGGCAACCAAAGGCAUGGCUAUUCUCAUAAAGAUGGUGGACUGAGAGCAGCCAAGAAAGCAGCAGCCAUCUUGUUUGUUGACACAAAGCCUAAGGAUGAUAUCCCAAUGUUUCAACAUUAACAAAACAAGGACUCCUCUCUUCAAUAUUUACUGAAUCGUUGCGAUAAAACAGAGAAUCCUCAUGGGAACUGACUGCAGUCACCAGAUAGCAUAGUUAUUUUGUGAAACAAGAGCAGCCAAGACAGCUGGCAGUCCAUCUUGUUUGUGGACACAAAGCCUAAUGAUGAUAUCCCAAUGUUUCAGCAUUAACAAAAUAAGGACUCCUCUACUCAAUAUGUAAUAAGUACAAGAAAGUGCUGCGGCUGAAGGAUAGUGAUCCUUGUGAUAAAGCAAAGAAACUUGCUGGCAACCGCCUCUCAUCUAGAGCUAACUGCAGACACCCGACGUUAUUGCAUGAAGACUGUGGGCGAUAGCAGCUAAGACAGCACCAGUCCCGUCUUGUUUGUGGGCACAAAGGCUAAGUAUAUUAACAACACAAAUACUCCUCUCCUCAAUAUGUACGGCAGUCACGGCAAAGUUGGCGGCGGAGAUGUCAGUGGCAACGGAAGUGGUUCCUGAUGGCGGCUCAAAACACGAGGCCUUUGAUCUCAAACCACCUCUGUGAUGUUCAGAAUCCUAACGACCCUUAUCGAAAGCCUGGAGGUUUCACCGGAGUGAACAAUCCGAUUACUACGCUGCCAAAUGGUACAUCUCCCACCAGUAGUAAAAUCGUCGAUUUCGAUCCUAAACCAACAAGCUACAGUUUCCACCACGGCACCAAACUCUACUGUCGCUGGAAAGCCAAGCUGCCAGACCAAAUCAAGUCCAUCAUUGUCAUGAAAAAGCCCGAUCCCAACCAUUGGAAGCGAUUGUUCAAAAUAGCAUAGCAAAAACAGCUUGUGUAAGGAGAGCUCCAAUGCUCAAGAAUACAAGCUACUGUGACGCAAUUAUGGACCAGGGGAAGAAGCACCAUCUUCCAAGAUUCAAUGAUCUUCGGAAGGAACACAAACUGUACUCAAGCCUCCUUGCUAUUCUGUCAAAAGCAAGUAUGAUUAAUCCUGAGAAUUGCAUUGGGUUUGUCAUCGGAACUUCUUCUACAAGCCAUUAUAUAGGAAAGAGCAUCAUUCAUGCACUCCUCCCAAACCAAAUGUAUUGGUCGAGCAAAGGGCACACCGACGCUAAUGUGUCUGAUACCAUACUUUUCAAACUCAAAGGCGGAGUUUGCAUAGUAUCAGACAUUCAAAUCCAACCUUCUCGUGGGCAUUAUGGUAAUAGACAAUAUAUAUUCUCCGCUAUGUCAGUCCAAUUCAGCAUGGGGCAUCGUACGUUGCCAAGAUAUCAAACACACCAGGACAUUAACUUGCCGGGGGAUAUGAAGGAUGACCACUUUGUCUGGGGUUAUACAUCGCCUCAAUUCCCCAUGGAACAGAGUCUCCUCAACCAAACAUUUACAUUGCCUGAACCAGUUCUAUGUGUGGGAGGGAUUUUGAAGAUCGAACUCUUGGGGAUGGUGCAAAGAGACCCAAGGAAUAACUUAUACUAUCAUUGCCUGCAUCAGGUGAGCAUCCGUGGCCAGUCCCUCGAACCGCCUUUCGACAUAAAGACAGUUGAAAGGGGCGAACUAAUACUUAGGCACCAACCUUCAGCAGUUAUUGAUGUUUUGAGGCAGAUUCCUCUUCCCUCCACGGCUACCCUCAGCCAAAUGGCCGUGGCGCAAAGGAUGGAAUUUAUGUUUAAUCACCUUUUUACUCUUUUAGACUUGGAACCAAGUAUGACCUUGGCUCCAGCCCGAAGAUGCGCCAAUAUUCUCCUGGGCUAUAGACCGAAUGAAGGCCGAAAUCGUAGGGAAGACGCAGAGGACUAG